UUCCCCGUUCUCCAAAAAGGCUUUCAAGCGUUUUCUUCAGCCAAAUUCCAUCCGGACAUGGCAAGGGCGCUGCAGCCCACUCCAGAUGGGCCUUUGCAAAGGGGAGGGGGGAAAUCCUUGCUAGCUUCUGUCGGGCCUAGUAGGGAAGCCGGGCGGUAGGAAAAGGAGGAGGGAUGAAAAGUCCAGAAGCCCUUGCUAAACCGUUCACUGUGUAGCAGCUGGAGCUUUCGGGGAGGUGGGGGGGAGUGCGGCAAGGCCAGGCCAGGCCUGCUCUGCUCUGCGGUGCUCCCGGCAAGCAACAGCAGGAUGGAUGCUGCCCUUGUUUUGAAGGCAACGUCAGAUUGUGGCGAUUAGGCGGCAACGUUGCUGGAAGUGGAGAGUCGGGGGAAGGAGCCCGCACCCGGCUUGUUAGACGUUCUGCGGCCUCCGGGCCAGAACAGAAGGCGGCUGUUGGGCCUCUGCCGCGGCAGCGGCUGCCGAGAAAAGGAGGAGGAGCAGGAGGAGGAAUGGCUGCCAUUUUGGAGAACAAGGCCAUGGAGGGCUUGGCUGACCCCAUUGUUGCUGUGUUUACUUCACAGGUUGAUGCCCGCCUCACAGAAUGGAUCAGGCCUGCGAAGUCAGCAGGAGGGGCUGCCUGCUCUCUUUCGCCACUCCCUUGGGGCUAGACGCGCUGGAGGAGGACGGGGACAGCAGCCCCUACGUGGGGGAGGGUCGGAGCGGUAGCCCCGAGCUCCCUAAUGGGGGCCCCGCGGGGGUUCCUCCAGCAGCGUCCGAGGUUGCAUUCGGCCAAGACCCUUAUAUCCCACUGCGCAGGCUGCAGGAUUUGGCCUCCAUGGGCAAUGCUGAAUAUUUCAAUGGCUCAAAAGAUGGCUCUGAUUCCUUGCAGGAGCUGGAAAUGAACGACUCUAGCCGGGACUCCCUGGAGCUUUGCAGUUCGUCGUUGUCGUUAGAUGGCUCCAGAGACUACCCUCUGCAGGAUUCUGCCAGGAUUCUGGAUUUUGACUCUUUCUCUUCAUCCGAGGAAGACAAGGAGGUGGAUUCAGAAGCCUCAUUCAUCACAGCUGAGGAAGAAAUUCACUUGAGGAUGGAAAAUAGAGCUGCAGCCACCUGCAGUAAGGAAACCAACUCUGAAAACAGGGCAGACCUCCAUCUAGGAGACUGUCUAGAAAUUAGACCCAAUGAGACCAUUUCUGCCCUCUUAUCAACCCCGGUUUCUUCUCCAGAGCAUGUACAAAAUAAUUCUUACCAAGAGUCUGCUAUAGGGAGCAGGACUGAGAAAACUGAUCUACCCUCAAUGCCUUAUUUACCUGGAGAUGCUGAUCUGAGAAAAGAAAACCAAUUCAGUCUCAUGAAAGUAUCUGAAAAGGAAGAUCCAAAUCCGACUCCCAUCACCUUAGAAAACUUGAUAGAAAGGCUUGAAUCUUCAAUUACUGCAAACCCACCAACUCCAGGAUUACCAUCUGUAAGCAGCCAUGGGGGUCGAACCAAGAAGAAACCUGCUCCAGUGAAAUAUGAAGCUGGAGAUCUUGUAUGGGCCAAGUUCAACAGACGUCCUUGGUGGCCCUGUAAAAUUUGUCAUGAUCCUGUAUUAGAUACUCAUUCAAAAAUGAAAGUUACUAACCGCAAGCCAUACCGAGAGUAUUAUGUGGAAGUAUUGGGUGAUCCAUCUGAAAGAGCCUGGGUAGUAGGAAAAUCUAUUGUGAUUUUUGAAGGAAGACAUCAGUUUGAAGAACUUCCUGUCCUUCGGAGAAGAGGCAAACAAAAAGAGAAAGGUUACAGGCACAAGGUUCCUAAGAAAUUUAUGGCUAAAUGGGAGAUCAGUGUCGGCCUUACUACUGAAUAUCUUAAGCAGAAUGGCAUGAAAAAAUGUAUCCGGACUUCUGGCAAAUUGGAUAGCGUCCAUUUAAUGGGAUCAUAUAAAAAGGAUUCCUUAAACGAGCAGAGCAGGCAUCUGAAUGGAUAUUUGAAACCAUUAGCAUUUGAUUCUAAACAUUUGUCCCAUGUUAAAGGGAAACUACUCACUAAAUCACAAAUGAGGAAGAACUCCGAUGCAAGGAAGGGGAAUAGAAUAAAAAAAUGUAGCAUUAAGGGAGAGUGUGAAGGGGAAAUGCCAGUGAGCAAAGUUAAAAAUACAAUUUCUGAAAACAUGCCAGAUAAGCAGGCAUCUCAUGAACUUUGCAGAGCAGCGGAAAGCCUUAUAGGUUCCAAAUGUACUGUGGAAAACUAUUUGCUGUCUUCUUUUGGAGAAAGACAAUUUGAAAAUAAAUCUAAGAAAGCAGAAUGCAACAUCUCUCAAAGAGACUGCCAGCUUGAAUCCCCCAAAAUAGAUUUGAAGAAAAUGAAAAGCCCCUCAGGCUUCAUGUCCAGUUCAACACAACAGCAGCCAUAUUCUGGAACUGAUGAUGGAAAUGAGAGGAAAAAAGAAAUGGACUCUGAUGGUAUCUGCGAUCUAGAGCCUUUUGACCAAAGUAUUGCAGCAGCAUAUAGAGAUCUAAAAAUUUGUGACUCUAUAAACAAAACAGGAAAGGAACUGUCUUUGGGACAAAGAAGCAUUAAACGUCCUGUAUCUUUCUCAAAAAGUAAUAAUAGAAACCAGACACCCCUGGAAGACUCUUUGGAUAGGAAUGCCAAUGUUGAAACAGGAGGUGAGCAAUUCCAGCAGCCAUCCUUUGAAGCUGAGAGGAAGGCAUCUGCUUACAGGAAGGACAAUCUUACCAUUGUAGAUAAGCACACUACACUCCAAAGCAAAGGGUUUACAAGUCAUGUGGAUAUUAAACAGUUUCAAUUCAGAACUAUAAAAUGCAAACAUAAAGGAUCUGCUGCUGCUGCCGCCGCUGCCACCACAGAAUCAUCUCUUAGGAAAGACGAAUGUAUCCCUGACUGCUGCUUUUCUACUACCAAAGGUGCUCCUGGGUUUCAACUAGAUACAUCUGCCAAAAGUGGGAAGCUUGAUGGGUCUAAACUGCCAAACAGCACUAGAGAGAAAUCUCAUGAUUCUGCUGAAAUAGAAACAGCUGUUGUGAAACAUGUACUUUCUGAACUGAAAGAGCUAUCCUAUAGGUCCAUGAAUGAUAAAGACUGUGGGCCACCCAAGACUGCAGUGCCCUUACUCUUUUCAUCUGUCUCGGGGCAAAAUCACUUGCCUAUUGAGCCUGAUUAUAAAUUCAGCACCUUAUUAAUGAUGUUGAAAGAUAUGCAUGACAGUAAGACAAAAGAGAAACAGAUCAUGACUUCGCAGAAUAUUGUCUCCUAUAGAAAUUCUAGCAACGGUGAAAGUGCUGGAAGUAAUACUCCGAGUGAUUUGACAUCUUUGACUACAAUGGGAGCAACUCCUAAAAUAGAAAAAAAUCAAGAUAGUGUUCAAGAACCAGAAUGCCAUAAACCCAAAGAAGGUCAGUCCUCUUUUUCACAUGAUAUCACAACCAAGUUGAUCAGUCCUGGUGCUAAAAAAAGGGAACCCACAAAUAUGGCUGUUGCUGAUACACACUGCACCGCAAGGCGCAGCUAUCCAAAAUCUAAGCAACUAUCUAAGCUAAUAGUUAACACAACAUCAAAGAGCAAAUCAUUAAAACAUUUAUUCAGUACAGCAAAGAGAGUGUCCCACCAGCAUAGAGCUACCCUAAGCUCAGUUGCUAGAUCUCUAGACAAAACCCAGGAAGAUUUUGCAAGGAAAGUACCUUGGGAGUUAAUCCAACACUCUCCUGGUGAAGACUCUUCAAGUUCCUCUGAUGGCAGUUUAGUUCAUGUAAAAAUGAAGUCAGAAUCUGGUAAAAAGAAAGAGAGCUACAGGCCCUCUGAAAAUGGGGAGUGCCUAGAGUUGGAAACAGGACUGAAUAGAGAAGGCUCCAUGGGGGAUGAGUCUAAAGAUGUAAGCCACGUAGCACCCAAAAAGCGAUGGAAGCGUUUUAACCAAAGCAGUUCUAAAGCUGUUGUAAAUGCAGAGAAGAAGCGCCUUAGAAAACCAAGCAAGAGGCUUCUGGAAUAUGCAGAGGAAUAUGACAACAUAUUUGCAUCAAAGAAGAAGAAAAAGAGUCAGGAAUCAUUUCAAAAGACAAGUUCUCUGGAAAAGUCUGAAACCAAACAGAAAAGCAGCAUUGAGAAACAAGCAUGUAAUAAAUCUCUUGAGCAGAAGCCCUUGGACUCGGUUUCAUCAGCUUCGUCAUCAAAAGAAUCUCCUCCAGUCCUUGAAGCCGAGCGUCCUUUGUCAGAGGAAUCUGAUGCCCAGUCCAGGGAACCCAGAUUAGAAAUGCCAGUUUUGACGUUAUCUUCACCAGAUGUGUUGGAAUCUGUUGCCUCUGCUCCAGAUUCUCAUUCACAGGGAGAAGAACCAAUAGUGAAACCAGGAAGCUUUGAGAGUAAGCGCCAGCGAAAGCCAACAAAAAAGCUCUUAGAAUCCAAUGAUUUGGAUACAACAUUUAUACCAAAGAGAGAGUGGACCUCUAUAAAGAAGUUUCCUGAGGCUGGUCCUUUGGAGACUGAAAUGCCUGAGUUUUAUUCCACAUCUCGGCUUUCAAAUGCUGUGGAAGCUCCUGAAAAGGUUCCUGGGAAACAGAGGAAGAGAAAGAGGCAGCGCCGUAGCUUGGCAGCAACUCCCUGUAAAAAAGAAAAGAGUGACAAUACUCAGGAGGAAACUCCAAACACGGAGGGUGACAGAUCUCAUGGAAUAGCUGGAAGCCCGAAGGAAACUACUGAGGAAGGUUCUGAAAAUGAUCCUGGGUUGCCUUCGUCCAAAAAGUUGCAGGGGGAACGAGGUGGAGGAGCUGCUCUCAAGGAGAAUGUGUGUCAGAUCUGUGAAAAGCCAGGUGAAUUGUUGCUGUGUGAAGCUCAGUGCUGUGGUGCUUUCCACCUGCAGUGCCUCGGGCUCUCAGAAAUGCCGAAGGGCAAGUUUAUCUGCACUGAGUGUUCCACAGGAGUUCACACGUGUUUUGUAUGCAAGAAUAGUGGGGAGAAUGCAAAGCGUUGUUUACUUCCUCUGUGUGGCAAAUACUAUCAUGAAGAAUGUAUACAGAAAUAUCCUCCCACAGUCAUGCAGAACAAGGGCUUUCGCUGCUCACUGCAUAUCUGUAUGACAUGCCAUGCUGCUAACCCAGCUAAUAUUUCUGCAUCUAAAGGUCGCUUGAUGCGUUGUGUGCGGUGCCCUGUUGCAUACCACUCAAAUGAUUUCUGCCUUGCUGCUGGGACAGUGAUUCUUGCUUCCAACAGCAUUAUCUGCCCCAAUCAUUUUACCCCGCGAAGGGGCUGUAGAAACCAUGAGCAUGUAAACGUCAGCUGGUGUUUUGUUUGCUCAGAAGGUGGUAGCCUUUUGUGCUGUGAGUCGUGCCCUGCCGCAUUCCAUCGGGAGUGUCUGAACAUUGACAUGCCAGAGGGGAGCUGGUAUUGUAAUGAGUGCAAGGCUGGCAAGAAGCCACACUAUAAGGAAGUGGUCUGGGUGAAAGUGGGGCGUUACAGGUGGUGGCCAGCUGAGGUUUGCCACCCUAGGACCAUUCCUAUCAACAUUCAGAAGAUGAAACAUGUCAUUGGUGAAUUCCCUGUUCUUUUUUUCGGAUCAAAUGAUUACCUUUGGACUCACCAGGCUCGAGUGUUUCCUUAUAUGGAAGGAGAUGUGAGCAGCAAGGAUAAGAUGGCAAAGGGAGUGGAUGGCAUUUAUAAGAAGGCUUUACAGGAAGCUGCUGUAAGAUUUGAAGAAUUAAAGGCACAGAAAGAACUGCGUCAGCUACAAGAAGACAAAAAGAAUGAUAAGAAACCUCCACCAUACAAACACAUUAAGGUAAACAGGUCUGUGGGCAAAGUGCAGAUCUUCACAGCAGAUUUGUCUGAAAUACCACACUGUAACUGCAAGCCUACAGAUGAAAACCCCUGUGGCUUGGAUUCAGAGUGUAUUAAUCGCCUGCUGCUCUACGAAUGUCAUCCCGCGGUUUGCCUAGCUGGAGAACGCUGCCAAAACCAGUGUUUCACCAAGAGACAGUAUCCAGAAGUAGAAAUUGUCCGUACUUUAGCACGUGGCUGGGGUUUGCAAGCUAAGAGAGACAUUAAAAAGGGUGAAUUUGUGAAUGAGUAUGUGGGAGAAUUGAUAGAUGAAGAAGAAUGUCGGGCCAGAAUCCGCUAUGCUCAAGAACAUGAUAUCACCAACUUUUACAUGCUGACUUUGGACAAGGAUCGAAUAAUUGAUGCUGGACCAAAGGGCAAUUAUGCUCGAUUCAUGAACCAUUGUUGCCAGCCAAAUUGUGAGACACAAAAGUGGUCAGUGAAUGGAGAUACUCGUGUUGGGUUGUUUGCCCUUGUAAAUAUUAAGGCAGGGACCGAGCUGACUUUUAAUUACAACUUGGAAUGUUUGGGGAAUGGGAAAACGGUGUGCAAGUGUGGAGCACCAAACUGCAGUGGCUUCCUUGGAGUACGACCAAAGAAUCAGCCACCUGCUACAGAAGAGAAAUCUAAGAAAUGUAAGAGGCGGCAUGGGAAGCGCAAAUCACAGACGGAAGUCACAAAAGAGCGGGAAGAUGAAUGUUUCAGUUGUGGAGAUGGUGGGCAGUUGGUUUCCUGUAAGAGACCAGGCUGCCCCAAAGUCUACCAUGCUGACUGCCUCAAUCUGACUAGGCGACCUGCAGGAAAGUGGGAAUGUCCUUGGCAUCAGUGUGAUGUGUGUAACAAAGAUGCAGCCUCCUUCUGCGAGAUGUGUCCCCGAUCAUUCUGCAAACAGCACCGGGAAGGCAUGCUGUUCAUCUCCAAACUGGAUGGACGCCUGUCAUGCACAGAACACGAUCCUUGUGGACCUAACCCUCUAGAGCCAGGAGAGAUUCGUGAGUAUGCGCCUUCCACAGAAUCAGCAGCUGGCUGCCAAAACACUCAGCCAUCAGACCAGCAGCCUGCAGCUACAGGCCCGAAAUCUCAGUCCUCAGAGAGGCUUCCUCUGACUGUGUCUCUGAGGCUACAAUCCUCAGAUAAACCACCUUCCUCUUCAUUGGCUCUGAGGCUACAGUCCUCAGACAAGCCGCCUUCCUCGGUGGCCCUGAAGCUACAGCCCUCAGAUAAACCACCCUCUACAAUGGCACUGCGGCUUCAACCAGCAGACAAACUGCCCUCCACCCUGGCCCUGAGUUUAAAGCCCUCUGACAAAUUGCCCUCCACCCUGGCCUUGAGGUUCAAGCCUUCAGACAAACUAUCCUCUGCCCUGGCCCUUAGACUGCAGUCAUCAGACAAGCCACUUUCGGCAGUGGCUCUUAGGCUACACCCCUCAGAGAAGUCAGCACCCACAGUGGCCCUCAGGCUGCGGGCCUCAGAAAAGCUAGCUUCCCCUGGGGCCCGGAAGGGGCAACCCCCUGAGAAGCUGUCCCCCGCCAUAGUUUGGGAGGAACAGUCCUCUGGCGCCACUGAGGAAAAGCCAUCUGUAUCUGAGACAACAGCUGCCCUAGAGACGCCCAGGAAUUCAGACCCAUCACCGAUGGGUGCUUCCCAGCCCCUAUUGCUAGAUAAGCGCCCCACCACCCCACCGCCCCAUGGGCAGGUAGUGGAUAGAGCUGCAGAACCUGACUCUCUGAGGCCUGAGCCGCAGGGCAGGGCCAUUUCUAUGGGGCCGCUGCCUCAGCCUUCAGGGAAGGCGGCCCCUUCACUGAGCCUGAAGCCGCAGCCGCCAGUCAGACCUGUCACCCCAGUAGCCCUGAGGUCUAAGCCGUCAGAGAAGCUAGUCGCUCCGACCGGCUCACCGCCUCAGACACCCAGCAGGCUGCCUACCCCUGUGGACACUCUGCCUGUACCAUCUGACAAGCCUUCUACUGCCGCGGGCCUGAGGCCUCAGCUCUCAGACAGGCUUCCUGCCCCACUAAACCCCAGGCCUUUGCUUUCAGAGAAAGCACUGCGGCCAGUCGACCAGAAUGCUCAACCCAAAGAAAGAGGCUUUGUGACUGUGGAGCAGAACCCUCAGCCGAAAGAAUGGACAUCUGUAUCUGGCGAGCAGUCUUGUCGGCCAACGGGGAAAUGUCCACCCUUCCCAGGGCAAACCUCCUGUCCGCUAGAGAACUUGCAAAUGCACGAAAAGACCUCUUGGCUUAGUGCAAAAGGGCUGCCAUCCGUGGAGCAAUCUUUUUGGACAGCUGAGAAACUGCAGUCUCCUGAGCACAGUCUCUGUCCAGGCCAAGAAGCAAUAUCUGCACCCUCCACGGAGCAGACAUUUUGGUCAACAGAGAGAUUGUCUGCAUUCGAACAACCCCCUUGGCCUGGAAGGGAAGCUCCACUACCUUCUGGGCAAACUUCAUGGCUGACCAGAAACAUUCAGACAUUGGAGCAGAUCUCUUGGCUCUCUGGGAAAACACAAACACCUGUGGGGCAGGGCAUCUUGCCUUUGUCUGAGCAAAAUGUGGUGCUAGGACUGGACCAGGACUCCCCUGGCCACGAACCUCCUGAGUCUAAAUCUAAGUGAAGCCAGUUUGAGGCCAGACGGGUCACCUAUUUGUUUUGAUUGGUUUUUUAAUUGUAUGGGAAAGGAUUGUUUUUGCUUGUUGUUUUCUUUUUAAUCACUUCCCCAGUUUCUUAACCUCCAGCAACAUCCUGCUCAAGCUAUACAGACGUAUUUUAACUAAAUCUCUAUGAUGCCCAAUCAAGGAGCAAGAAUGUAGGUGGUCUUUACCUUCAUUUCGCAUACAAUAAUGCUGAAAUAAAGGAAUCCACUUGGGAUAAAAUAUUUAAUUCCAUUAAUCAGUUCACUCAUUUUGUGAGUCUGAAUCUAGGAACAGACUUGGAUUCCUAGAUUAUUCCCAUGUAGCUCCAAAGAAAUAGUUUGUUAUCAUAACAAACUUCACACUGGCCCCCUCGUAUUUCCAAAAUGUUAACUAACGAACCCAUAUAUUGAGGGCACACAUGGAAAUGCAGCAGGUUUUUAGUCCUUAAUUUUCAUUCCUUGCAGUCUUAACUGCUGUCAGGGUGGAACUUUUCCAAUGCAGGUGCUUUUUUAAAAAUACUUGAAGUUAGUUGAGGCCCUCAGUUCUGCAGAACAGAAGAACGUGCCUCAAUGAACCUAGGUCUUACAGCGGGAGUAUUGAGAAAUACUAUCUGGUAGAUUCUUUGGGACUUCAAUCUUUAGUGCAAUGGCACUAGAGCUCCCUUUUCAACAGAAUUUUGACCACUAAAGACAUGAGCAGGUUAGAAAAAUAAGUACAUUAUUUGUCUAGCUUUUCAGUGCAGCAUUGCUGUGUUGGAUUUUGUUUUCUUUUUACAGUUUGUUCACCAAAGUCAUCUUGUAGCAAACUGAUAGUCAGUGUGGACAAAUGAAACUAAUUUUCUUCUUUUCCAUGACAAAUCUGCUUAAAAAUAAUGUUUGCAUUAUGUAUGGGUGUAUUUCUAAAUUAUAAGCUAAUUCAGAAAACUAAACAGUUGAUGACCUAUAUGAGAAGAAAUGUUCAAGAUGAAAAGUUAGUAUUACUACCGGUAUUCUGAUUAGUGUCUAGCUUAGCAAGCCUUUCAUAUUGUCUCCUGCAACACUCCCACACCCCACCUACAGAAAAUUGACUUGAAUUUAAUGGGGCAACCCUAAGGUGUCCUGUUGUUUAAAGAGAGAGAUAGCUAAGGUUAUAGUUCUCACACUGGAACAUGAAGAGCUCUAGCCCUUGCUGGAGGUUCUUGUUCUUUUUUCUUUAUUUUCCAGUUAAUGCAACAUUUUAGUCCCGACUGGUGGUUAGGUUGGUAAUACUAUCUUUCCAUUAAGGAGAAGCAUUUAGUAUUACAUACAGAGGCAGAUAUGUUAUCUGCACCACAGAAAUAUAGCUUGUGUGGUACUGAUGGUGGUUUCUUUAAACUGUAGCUGGGGAAUCAAAUAAAUUAUUACUUCACCCUGUAUAUGGCGAUAUUAUUCAUUCUGCAGGGCCUUCACAUAUAUAAUAUGGCUUCCAUUUCAUACUACAAAAUCAGCAAACUAUUUGACCAUUUUUAGAUUGCCACCCUAUUCUAUUUGCCUGGGCAUCUAAACUCUCACAGACUGCUAAGCUCCAGUUUGAAGCAAAAACUUUUUGAAUAGCUCCCAUUUGGUCCUUUCUAGAUGUUCACAUUUUGGCACAGAGCAGAAAUUCUAACUCUGUCCCAACCUAGAGCCUCUCAUCUUGGAAUAGAUAACUCUGGGGUAUUCAGGGCCUGUAGGCAAUCGGCAAUGUUGCAGUGGCAGUUCAAAUUCAGAUCCAUUACCUUUUUUCAAUGUUGGCUUUCCACAAUGACAAUAGCAACUCGGCACUGCGAAAUAUUCCCUACCUGGUUGUGCAUCUCAUCUUCUCUGAUUCAUUUCAUUCUCUCCAAGUACAGCUAAUGACUUUGUAAAAAGCAUUAUGACUAAAUGGAACCUUAGUGCUUAAAGUUGGUUUUCCUUGAACACCUGCAGGCCGAGCGCUGCUAAUUGCUGAAAAUGGCGAAAUGCAAACACCUUUUGUUUCUGCGUGACUCCUGCACAAAAGGAAACAGGACAGUUCUUCUGAAUGAGACAGAUACAAGAAACCAAGGGCAUUUUACCAAAACUUUUUAAAAUGAAAAGACCCACCCUUUUGAACAAUCAAGCAAGUCAAGCCAAUCACGAGGCUCAGCAUAUUAAACAUUUCUCAUGUGGAAACAAAAUGAGGCUCUAAAUUUUAUGUCUCUAGGCCUUCCCGUGAACUGGACUUUAUCAUGUAGAUUGUGUGUUUAGGGCUUCCUUUGUGCCAGCCCCUGCCCUCCCUUCACAGCUGUACUUGUAAGAAGAGAGAUAUCUGCACUGCUUUAUCCAACUUGGUUCUUGCAAUGUCAUGUGUUUUAACUAGGUAUUUGUUUCAUGGGAAAAAAAAUAAACUGUGAAUAUUUUUGGUGGAGGCUAUUUUAAAUCUUUAAAACUCAAAACUUUUUAUUUUGAAUUUUUUUGUUCAGAUUCCUAGGGAUCAUAUAGGUGACUGUUAAGAACUGGGAUUUAUGUAGCAGCACAUUCUGAAUUUUUGGCUAGGAACUCGAUUGAACCAAUUUAAACUUUUCAAGUGGUAUUUCAAAACAAUUGCCCAGUGACUUAUUUAAUAUUACACCUUUCCUCUUUUCAGUCUCCUUAAACUAAACUUGCUUAAAGUACAAAGCUGUUAACUGAACUAAGCAAUGAAAUAGAACACAUUGCAAAAGUAUAGCUGGAGCAACUUGAAUAUUUUAUCAAACACAACAGACCUCUCCAAGUCCAGAGGUUAAUGUCCAGUUCAUUAAGCGAAGUGAAGAAACUUCAGGAAAAUAUGAGGCAUAAGGAGGAAUCACCCCCCAGGUCUUGGUUAGCAUAAGGUAAGAAGUUGCAGUCUCUAUAACCAGAUGAUCACAUGAGGCAGGAAAUUCUUCGUUAGAAGGAACUGGUCAAAUAGAGAAUGCCAUCAGUCCAAAAGAAAGGAGCAAAUAAGGGUUGGAGAACAUAGCUGAUAAGAGUUGAAUUUCCAGGGGCUAAAAUACUCUUGAAUUUAAAGUUAUUUGGGCGUAUUUUCUCUGCUGUUGAGUAGUGGUAUCUUGCUGGAAUUGUGGGCAAAGUGAUGCACCUAUGUGCAAAUAUUUUAUUUUGCUGUCAUGUUUAUUUUAGACAGAAAAUAUGGUCUAUAAUUAAGAGUCUGGUCUAGGGUCAUGCAAUUUUUGUAGUCUGAGAUAAUAUUUUGCCUUUGAAAAAUAGGCCAAGAAGGCAUAUUCCAAAAAUUAAAAAGAUUGGGAAAUUGAGAACAAUCUGGACUAGAAUUUAAUGUAAAUACAUACAUACACACAUACAUGCAGUGUGCAUUAUACAGUUCAGGUGACUGUAUAGAACUGUAAAGAAUAUAAUUUGUGCCUCUCCUUUUUCCAAACAUUUUAUCUAAGCUUUUGAGAAGGGAGAAGUGAACCUUAAAGCCUGCAGGUGCCUAGAUCUGUUCAAAAACUCAUGAAGCUGUUAAAAGGUUUAUUUUUUAAUAUAUAGGCUACUUGUGGGAAGUGUACAGUGUAAAACUAAAUUGAGGGCACUCCUUGGUCAGUCUUGUAAUAGUUACAAGUUAAACAAAAGUUUAUUUCCCAGAGGCUUGAAUGGGGCUUGUUGAAACAAUAGAUAUAUACAUGAUCAUGAUAAUAUUGAAGUAUAUGGAGAAUUCUGGCCAGUACAGUUCAGUAAUGUGCUGCUAAUCAUUCCAUAUUUCAUGCUUUUCUGUACCAGUUUUCUGCAUUUCUCUGCAGAUGCAGAUGAUAAAUUGACUGCAAGUCCUUUAAUUUAGGAUGUAUAGUUUCAAAAUGUGGGCAUAUUUUUAAUUAAAAAUGGGAAUUUAAAAUUAUAUGUAAUAUUCUGCAGCAUUCAUAUGCUUAUGUUCAAUUUUAAAAGUCUGUCCUCCAAAUGCACAUAAUUACUAAUGACCUACAUAAAAAGAAUUUAUUCCCCUUGUGUUGAUGAGAUUUUACAGUGUGGUUGAAUUCCUUGAAAUGUACAAAGCUGUCGAAAUUAGAUACAACCAGGGUUGACCAUUUAAGAACAUUGCAUUACAGGAAUUGAGAUAAUAUUCACAUCCAAGAUCAAGAUGUAUUAGCGUAUUCAAAUAUUGACAGAAAGUUACACUAAAUAAUGGGCACAUUUCUGUCUCCUUUUCUAGAUUUGCAAUUGUUAGUAUAUUCAAGAUGGUAGGGAUCAAUUUAUAUGUGACAGCCACUUGAAUGCGCUAGUUCUUUUGGUCUUUAGGUGGCUGUAUGCUUUGUGCUUCUGCAGAGCAACAUCUUGAAAAGUUGUAGAAAGUGCAACUCAAAUUCAUCCUGUACUCUCGACUAGAUAAAUCCCUGAAGCUGUCCAUUCUGCUCCUCACCAGUUAAGCCAGAUUACAGAGAACAUAAAGUUGAAAAAUCCUUGAGGCAGCAGGAUAUCCCAGUGAUGAUUUUACAUUUGCUAGGUUUAGGUCUGUCAUCAUCUGAAGAGAGAUACUUUUGUAAAAGUUUAAGAGCCUAUCCUAGUAUAUGGUCAAAAGUAUUUGGAGAGGCUUACUUACAUUUGAGGGCUUAAAACAAAAGUAAUGUUGAUUUUUGGGGAGGGGGGAUGGUGGAAGAGGAUCUUGUGUUUAUCUGUUGCAGCAAAAGCAAAUUCCUUGCAGCAUUUUAGAGACUAACAAAUUUAUGAUAUGACAGAAGUUUGGGGAUUGCAGUUCUUAAAACAGCUGAACUAUUGUUCAUACUCUUGGUUAUUUAUAAAAGUGAUGUUAAACUUUUAAAAAAUCAUACGUUGUCUUUAUGAAACCAAAAUAAAAAUGAGUCAGAUAAAAUAAUUGGCACUUAACAAAAGCUAACAUAAGAUGGAGGGGAGAAAAUAGUUUCUUCGAGCAAUUUGCAUUGUUACAUUCUCAGGCAUGUUGGUUACUAAUUGUGGAGAGGGCAUCAGUGGAAAUUAUGGCUAAGCAGAGCUGUUUACAGAAGAUCUAAACAGCAUAUGCUGCCAUAUCCCUCCAGUGCUUAAUUUUAUCUGCAUGGAUGAUGAAAAGGAGUCAACAAAGCAUUUACCUGUAUUAGUGGAAAAAAAGAGCCCAAUAUGGCUAUGCAGAGCUGCCCAAUUCUACAGAGAUCUGGCUGCGACGUUUUUGGAAUAGCUACAUUGAAAGAAGAGGAAGUGUCUUUGGAUUUUUAAUUUCAUUUUGCUUCCCAUACCUAGUUGACUGUAUGUGAAAUUUAUAAUUGGGGGAGGGGGGGAAGGUUGCCCUACCCAGGCAUUCCCAAAAUAUGUACUGUAAUUCUUUGUAUAUAAAAGAACAUAAUUACUGUAAAGUAAAGUUUAACUUUACUCUUA